AUGGUCUACACAAUCGUCGUGCACCUCCGCGCCAAGGCCGGCCAAGAAACCAUCGACAAGCUGCACGCCAAGCUCAACGAGGCGUCGGCCAUCUACUCGCAGGACAAGGAGACGCUGUCGUGGUUCGUCAUGCAGUCGGUGCACGACCCGCGGGACUUCACCAUCGUGGAGCGCUACGAGAACGAGGGCAGCCAGAAGUACCACCUCGAGAACCCCUACUGGAAGACCUUUGACCCCUUCGUCAUCCCGCUGCUGGAAAAGGAUAUGGACUUGCGGAGAUUCGAGGAGCUGGCUCCUAAGUCCGGAGAGGAGGCGCUGCUGAAGUGA